CACCAUUCGACUUCUUUCACAUACAAUUAAACGUUUCUUUGAAGCAGCACAGCUGCAUGAAGCCGUCGAGAACGCUCGAACGACGCCGAAAAAAGGAGGGAAGGAAGGGAGAAGCAGUUUCCGACGUGUGAGGAAAGGGUAGGAACGGGGUUCAGGCAAAGAAAGACACAAAAGGAGGGCUGGAGAGGCUUGGCUUUCUACGGAGGGGCGAAUUCGUGCUGUGGCAUACGACACGUUCCAGGUCGCAUCCCGACCUGCCGACUUGAAAUCUGAGAGUCGAAAGCCGGUAAACGAGCUUCCUGAGUUACAGUUUCUUAAAGGGGCGACGAAAAAGCGAGAGUUUGAGAUGGAUAGUGGCCACCUGUCCCUAAAGGCGGCAACAGAGCCUUGCCUCAGCAGAAAAAUUGCAACUAUCGAGUUGUCUCUCAUGUGCUGCGGUCUGCUUCAUUUUGUAUCUACACUCAACCGAGGUGGACAUACACCUUAAUGGUCGAAGCGCCCGGCGCUGUGUAGCGGACUCAACGAUCGCUGCUGGGAAAAGUCAAGGUUGCCGGAUUCUGCCCUCAGCGGAGCCUGUAGCCGACAGAUUAUCAGGCGCCAGUGUGACGUUUCGAUCAGGCAUUUGAGGAGGAAUCGCAAAUCGACACUUUUGGUGGAGAUGUGGACCCUUUACGCGGCGCCUGCCGAAGACACGCGACUGUCUUGGUGGAAUCGCAAGCGCACACACUCCCGGGACCCUGUGAGAGGCAAGGCUUCUGCGCGCAAGUCCACUUUCGGAAAGUCGUUGACACACACGCGUUUCCUCUCGUUUGCAUUUUCCGCGGAAACGAGAAGAACUGGAUUUCGAUUGCCAGUGUGUUGAGAGUAGAAAGAACCGGAAAUCGACACGUUUAACAACCUCCAUUCUUCCAAUAUAUUUGCCUGUCAAUUUCUGGGAGGUCAACUAGCCCCUGUGCUCGCACACUGCUGUCUCUCGCCCUCCCGUCUCCUCGCCCGCGGCACUUGAGGUGUACGUACACCCCACUUUUUUCGGCGUUUGCGGUCGUGACUGUUUAACUCCUAUUUUCCGACCGUCGUUCCUCCAGCAUUCCCGAUUUUUCUCCUAAGUCUCCUUUUUUUCUACUCGUAAAGGCGCGCCGGCGACAAACGAGCAACUUCCGCACACUCUCGCGCUUUCGACGCACUGUCUCGUCCGGCGACGCCUCGUCCAAAGCUGCAAGUGACGCGCGACUUCCUCCGUCUCAGUCUGUUCCAUCCCUCUACCCACAAUGUCGGGCUCCGCUUCCUCUGUGCAUUUCUGCGCUCCUCCUCAGAGCCCCUUUCUCCUCACCCUCUUCAUCUCCGCCCUUUGUCUGGCUCCCAGCUUCUUCGCACGACCCAGCAAUGCCUUUCACCUCGCGGCCGGGUCUGCCGCCUCUCUCGGCUCUGCAAACUUCCAACGUUCUGAGCAGCUCGCGCUAAAGCCUCUUUCUCCGGCCGCGGAGCCCUCGGGGCUGGCUGCCCCCGCCGCCUUCGUCCGCAUGACCAAGUGUACGUACACCGCACCGAGUCCGGGACGCCACGCGCACCUCCGCCGGGCAGGCGCGCUGGACAGCUCCGCCUCGGCUCUCUGGGCUGCACGUCGAGGUUUCGUCGGCGGCAACUGGAAAUGCAACGGCACGACGGCGAAGACACAGGAGCUGGUCGACAUGCUGAACUCCGCGCCAGUCUCCUUUGAGCAAGUUGACGUAGUGGUAGCGCCUCCCAGUCUCUUCAUCUCGCAGGUGCAAGACAGCCUGCGACAGCCGCGCGUCCAGGUGGCUGCUCAAGAUUCUUCAACCCAACAGGCCUACGGCGCCUUCACUGGCGAGCUUUCCCCGAAAAUGAUCAAAGAGAAAAAUAUUCCCUGGGUGGUGCUGGGGCACAGCGAGCGUCGCGCGGGCUUCGGAGGGCAGCCGGGCGAGUCCAACCAAGUCGUGGCGAAGAAAGUGCGCGCGGCGCUCAACGAAGGUCUCAGCGUAAUUCUCUGCAUCGGCGAGACACUGGAAGAGCGCGAAAGUGGACAGACACAGAAAGUCUUGAGUGAACAGCUUGAGGCUGUGCGUCAGGCUGUGCCGGAGGCGGAUGCCUGGAAAUCGAUCGUCAUCGCCUACGAGCCUGUCUGGGCAAUUGGGACAGGAAAGACGGCGACGGCGGCCUUGGCUCAAGAGACGCACCGGGACAUUCGCAACUGGCUAGCUCAGGCGGUGUCCCCGAAGGUGGCGGAGGCGACGCGUGUGAUCUACGGAGGUUCUGUCAAAGGCAGCAACGCAAAGGAGUUAUUCGAGGGCGAAGACGUCGACGGGUUUCUUGUCGGAGGUGCCUCGCUGACAGGCGACUUUGUCUCCAUCAUUGAUGCAGCGAAGCAGCAAGCCUAAAACUCCUUCUGUCUCAGCGGGCUGUGCAGCUGCCCCUACCCACGACUGAGAGACCUCGACGCUUCCCGCCUCGCUGUGCCUCUCUUAGCAG